AUGCACACGAAUCGUACCCAGCCUCCCGAUGCACGGCCGGGGAACCAAAGGAGUCCAUCCUCGCUCAAGAGGUCGCCAAAGGGUGCGACUCCGAUGAAGUCCUCCGCCCAGCAUGAUAGAACCCCUUCAAAGUCGGCGAGAUUUACGCGGCCGCCUGUCAGGGAGGAUCAUUCCUCAGGCGGCACUGUGCCUAACGCCGCAUUGCAGACGUCGGCUCAUCCAUCCAAAGGGUAUCAGACGCCCAAAACUCUGACGCCUAAGAAGAUGGAUUGGACCGUCGACAAAAUUGCUAGUCAAUUGGCCACUUUUGCUUCUCAGGUUGACAAAGUCCACGCCAGACUUGUCCACUAUACCUUGCAGGAGACCUUUAAAAGAGCCCCCCGACCAAGGCAUCUUAGUUCCAUCGAUGACUUUGCUGACAUGCCGUCAACUGCCGUGGAAUCCGAAAAAUCAAACGGGAGCACCAUGGCGGUCAAGUUCAAGCAACAUAACCCGGGAAGAGACCACUCAAAGGCCCGUCGCCUACACUUUCCAGUCGUCUGUAUCAAGUCGGACAAGGAGCGUGUUCCCAAAUACAGGUUUCACCACAUGGAAAUAGCGAAGAACAUUCUUACCCCAAACACCAUGUUGAAGUUCGUCCCUCAUCUGCGUGACCUGGACGAGAAAGAGGAGAAAAGGUAUUUUGUCUGGCUUAAUGAGCUGGAAUCCAUGGACAACAAAUCUGGAUUCAAAACCUUGAACCGCGUCCAAAAGAUAUUGAAAUCAAGGCACGACGAGUACGCAGCCACGCUCUACAUGUAUCUCGAACGAUGGAUCAAGAUGCUGGGUAUCGACGGCUGCAGCAAAUCAAACCUCAUCCGCUACAUGGCCAGCCAGUCCGAGAACGACGACGCCAUCACCCCCCAACAGAAGCACAACCUCCUCGACUCGUAUAGUGAGGAUGUCGGGACGCCUCAGACGCGGGGAGCCGCCAAAUUAUUCACCAUGGCUUUCGAUCAAGUGUUCGGGAACCGCGUCACAUUGCGGGACAUCCUCAUGCUGGACGAGUCUGUCGAAACGAUCGUGGACAACAAGAGGGUGAAGGACACCCCGAGCUCCCAAAGGGCCCGCGACGAGGAAUUGCUCUUGAGCGUUGAAAAAUGGCUAGGCACCUACUCCAUCCUCGGAUGCCUAAUUUGCUACAGCCAUGACUGCGAGCACGGCGAAUACGACGUGGAGAAUCAGAAACGGACCUUCUCGGUUGAGAGCCUGGGAAGAUUAGGGCCGCUCCUGAAGAAGAAGUGGGUGCAACAAGCUCGGGAGCAAACGCAAUCCAACAGCUCGCCAAGCAAGCAAGCCGGCCAACAGCUGUGCAAGAAUCAGUGCUUCCGCAGCUACGACGUCGGUAAUCCCGCUGCUCCUGUGGUGCCCUGGUCCGACAACGAGACCGAGGUCCUCAAGGCCAUGUUCGCCAUUUUGGGAAAUAGCUCCAUGAAACACGAAUGCGCCACUGCCUGCAUUCUGGGCCGGAAAUGCUGGGAUGUCUACCGCAAAACGAAGGAGCUCAAGCUGAGCCUGCCUCCCGUCGAUCCACCGCCCGAGGUCGUCAGGGUCAAGAUGGUUCCGUGGUAUGACCGUACUCGCAGAAUCUUGCUGGGCGACUGGCAGGACUGCACCAUUUCCCACGAGCACGCGAGACGCGAAAUCUUCGAUCCAUGUCACCAUGACGGCCCCUGCAGUGCGGCCAACAAGUGCCCCUGCGUGCUGGGCAAGUUGCUCUGCGAGCGCUUUUGCCAGUGCACCGCCGAGACUUGUGCCUACAAGUUCACUGGCUGCGCAUGCCAUUCUUCGGGAAAGACGUGCCGCCAGCGCCAAAAGGAAGGCAAACCAUGCAUAUGCGUGCAACUCAAUCGGGAGUGCGAUCCGGUGCUCUGUAAGGGGUGCGGCGCAAGCGAGAGAGCUGAUCCCCUGAACGCCCUCGACGAGGCGCUCCAUUCGACAGGAUGCCAGAACGUUCCUCUGCAGCGCGGCGUCUCCAAGGCUGUCGUCACCGGGAAAUCGCAGCUCGAGGGCUGUGGCUAUGGCCUCUUCGCGGCAGAGGAGAUAGCCCAGGACGAAUUUGUCAUCGAGUACACGGGUGAGCUAAUCACGCACGACGAAGGUGUCCGUCGCGAAGCUCGGCGGGGCGACGUGUUCGACGAGGGAUCCAGCAGCUCCUACCUCUUCACAUUGCUCGAGCAGGAGGGCAUCUGGGUCGACGCGGCCAUCUAUGGCAACCUGAGCCGAUACAUCAACCACGCGUCCGAGGGCGACAAGAGGGGCUGCAACGUCAUGCCCAAGAUUCUGUACGUGAAUGGCGAGUUCCGUAUCCGCUUUACUGCUCUCCGCGACAUCAAAAUAGGGGAGGAGCUGUUCUUCAAUUACGGCGAGAACUUCCCCAACCUCACCAAGAAACUGCUCGAGGACAAGGAAGCCGAGGAGAGCGCCGAAACCGGGCCGGCGCCGAAGCGCAAACCUGGCCGUCCGCCACGCGACGAGAAUGCCCGAGGCGUUGCUCGUAAGACCACCAAGGUCAGGGCUAAGGAUGCGGAUCACGACUCGCCGUCGAAGACCGGUCGAAACCGCGGCUCCAAGAAAUACGUUUCUGAGGGAUACGACACGGAAACCGGCCAAGUUGCCGACGCUAUGGGCUCGCCGAGCCAUACCCACCCCACGAAGCACACCUCCCGAAGGGGCGGCGCGCGGCCUGGAGCGGGCCGCAAGCCAAAGCGGCUCAAGCCGAUGCCCGAGGCAGCCGACAGGGCCGCGCACGAGGAGGAUUCGAACGAGCAGCCGCUUACGAGGGGUGCAUCGGUGGCGUCUUGGGCGUCGAUAGCGGAGCAGCAGCCGCCGCCGCAGCCGACCGCGCCAACGGCGGAGACCCGGGAUGCCGGGGCCGGGGGCGUCGCUGCGAAGGGGACCCAGGGGCGGAAGAGGAAGGCCGGGGAGAUGGGGUCCGACAGCGACAACGACGAAGUCGACGGCGACGGCGACGACGACGACUCGUUCGUGAUGCAGCUCGACGACUAUGGGCAAGGCGGCGACGAGGACGACAGUGCCGACUACGAGGAGGACGACGACGAAGACGACGACGACGGCGCCGAUCGGGUGAGGCGCAAGAGGCAAAAGCCGUGGCGGUACAGGGUCGAGGGCGACUGA